CAUUUAUUUUUCCUUCCUGGCGGUUUAGGCUUGAUCUCAACUUUUGAACUUUUUUUUUUGCAUGGGAUUAGUCAUGUUGGUUGAGAACCCCGCAGAUGCAUAUGAUCGGACCUGUGAUAGCUCAACAGUGCAUGAUGCUACCCAUUUGAACUGGAAGGGAGCCAACAGUCUCAUUACACCUCCCGAGUCUCGUCGUCCCUCGCAAGUUCACUUCAAGACCCAAGACAAGCAAGACAGCUCUCCGGAACAGUUGGUGGAGAGUGUCUCUUCUUUCAGCUACUUUAUUGACCAUGACAACCUGCUGGAAGGUGUCGCUAGUGUUAUCGCUCAUUUCUUCCCUGCAUGGAAUGUGUCUCGCGACGUGAAAUUCAUCCAAUGCACGGCUGGUAUCACUAAUAAGCUCGUACGGUGCCUGCAUCAGCCAACAGGAGAGUCAGCGUUGGUCCGAUGUUAUGGCAAAGGCUCUGAUAUUUUGAUUGACCGGCGCCAGGAAAUGCUCAAUUUGAUAGCACUGUCGCGGUUGGGUUUGAGUCCUGCGCUCUAUGGACGUUUUCAUAACGGUCUUGUGUAUGGGUAUGUUGAGGGAGUACCGUUCUCCGUGGAAGACAUGCACCAUCCCCGAAAGUCCCUACUGGUCGCUGAACAGUUGGCGAGAUGGCAUCGGGUGGAUCUGCCUGGGGAACCACGUGUGCCGAAACUCUUUUCGACCCUUUGGCGAUGGUUAGAUGCAGUACCAGCAACCUACAGCAACUCGUCAGCUGACCGGAAGUUCAAGGCAUCACUUAACAUGGAUGAGCUGAAGGAAGACCUGCGCCAAUUGCAAAACGUAUUGGAGAAAUUGAACAGUCCUGUAACAUUCUGUCACAAUGAUUUGCUUUCUGGCAACAUCGUGUAUGACCAGACGAGAGAUUCCGUUUCUUUCAUCGACUAUGAGUACGGAAACUACUCCUAUCGAGGAUUUGACAUCGGAAACCACUUCUGCGAGCAUGCAGGGUUUGAUUGUGACUGGUCUUUAUACCCAACAAAAUCCUUCCAGCUAGGAUGGCUCCGUGAAUAUCUUCAGUCCUUCACUGGGUCAGAUGCGGUUUCAACGGAUGAAGUGGAAACACUAUACAAGGAGGUGGCAAAAUUUUCGCUUGCAUCGCACUUUUACUGGGCUGUAUGGGCUCUGGUGCAAGCAGAGAUCAGCGAUUUGGACUUUGAUUAUUUAGAGUAUGCUUUAAUGCGACUACGCGAAUACCGACGGAGAAGGGAUGAAGUACUGGCUCUGUAAUUAAUACUAGAGGGGAUAGGUACACUUUAUUUUAUUCAAGAUGCAUCAAUAUAUAGAGAUUUGUCACUCUUUCUUCACUC